AAUGGAUGUUUUAUUGGAUGCAAGCAUUUUUUAGGAGAAACUGACUGCUACUACUACUAACAUUAACCAGUUGAAAGGAUCGGGAUUUAAAAAAUGAAAGCGCUUAAACAACAGUUACCAUUUGAGCUACCUGAUAUUCGUGAAUAUCCGCUAGCCUGUCCAGAAGGUGAAGAACGCUUCUUCGACAGUCGGUCCGUCUGCUGGAUGGCUUAAUAUUAUUUUUCCCCCGAUGGUAUGAAGCAGUAAUUUUCCCGUCACAGCUCUCUUUCCUCCAUAUUUGCGGCUCCUCCACCAACAACAACAUUUACAGUGACGUCAUUGGCGGCGUCACGUGACACUCCCCCCGGAGGGGGUGAGUCCUAAAAAUAGACGGCACAACCACCGAGUAACCUACGGCGGGGCGCGCAACCCACACCUCAGCGUGAUGGCACACCGGUUGGAAAGCCUCGAGCGCCGUGCACUCUAUUUACUCUCCGCGAGAUGCAUAUAAAGUCUGGCACAACUGAAUAUGCCAGUGGAUAACAGAUUGCCGACGAUCAUGCAGCGAUGCACCCUCUUUUAUGGCUGAAUGCGCAAAAACAUAGAUAUCUGAUCAUUGAAAAGAGUGUCGCCGUGGCCUCCUACAGCUCAUGGCAGACAGUCCAGUGACAGAAGCCAGCCCAUUGGGGCUCCCCUGGUAUGUGGCCGGUUCCCAGCUCCUCGGACUGGCCUGUGUAGUUAUCACUGGCGUGUGGAUGGGACACUAUCGGGGUGGCUAUGCCUGGGACGGCACUACCCACGAGUUUAACGUGCACCCUCUCUGCAUGGUCCUGGGCCUGGUCUUCCUGUACGGAGAUGCUAUCAUGGUGUACCGGGUGUUCCGGAAUGAGGCCAAGCGCAGUGUUAAGGUUCUGCAUGCUGCCCUCCACCUCAUCGCCCUCGUCAUCAGCAUCGUGGGUUUUGUGGCCGCGUUUGACUUCCAUCGGAGUGCCAAGAUCCCCAGCAUGUACUCCCUGCACAGCUGGUGUGGAAUGGUGACAUUUGUCCUCUUCUGUCUGCAGUGGCUGCUGGGCCUCAGCUUCUUCCUUUUCGCCGGCAUCUCCGAGCGGCUGCGCCACUGCUACCUCUCCUUGCACGUCUUCUUCGGCCUGGCUCUUCUCGCCCUGGCCGUCGCCACCUGCCUGCUGGGCAUCACGGAGAAGAUACUCUUCACCAUCAUGCCGACAUACUCCGAAUUUACACCGGAGGGCGUGCUGGCCAACACACUGGGGCUGUUGCUUGUGGGCUUUGGGGUCGUGGUGGCAUACAUUGUGACAAAGGAAGACUUCCGGAGACCGCUGCACCCAGAGGAAGAGGCAUUAUCCAUGCACUUCAAGACCCUGACAGAAGGGGAAAGUCCAAAUUCUCCUUAAGCUCCUUUCCUGGUACCCCGCCUGCCGGAUCAUUUGAACACAAUGAAGCUCGAUAUACAUAUACUGCCCUCAUGUGGUGAAAUUUGGGUAUGACAUAAGAUAAUGUGUAUUGUACCAGCUGAUGGGUCCAUUGCUGCAAUAGCGUGCAUUCAUAUCUUUAACUUUGCUGUAACCUUGAUGUGACUGUGUUUUCUAUCUGUAUUUUAUUAUAAAGUCAUUUGAGUCAUCAUCGCACAAAAAUAUCUGUAUCGGUUUGGAUAGAGUGCUUUACAUUCAUGAGGCCUUCAAUUAAAAGCUGACUAUCGUU